UUGAGAGUGUCAUUAUUUUAUGUGACAUCUUACUUGAAUAUCUAAUUGAAGUUUCGCAUUGCUCAUUUUCUUUAUUACACAUACAAUAAAAUAUUAGAAAUAUACAUUAUAAAGUUAUAGACGCGCACAACUUGAAUUCAGGACUAACUUUACCAAAGUGAAAUUCUUAAGAAAAGCGACUUCCCGCCGGAAGCUUUCCGAAAUUAUGUUGGCCACACUACGCUGCCAUAUUCGUGGUGAUCCGAAGUUGCCCGAAGCAGUUCGAGGUUUGAAAGGUUUGAAGGAAGAUCAGUUGGUGUGAUUUCGCUAAUUUUAACAGGUUUGCCGAUAAUUAAACUCGUAUAAAUUGUGACAUCAUACCGCAAGAAAUGAAUAUUUUACGUUGCUCUUCGUGUAAAAUGUUUCAGUCUCACAUAGUGAAGAAAGCAAAGAAAUGGCAAUGCAAAAUGUGUAAUUUCAAGCAGGCAUUUUCCCAGGUCUAUUUUCAAGGCUCGGGGAAGGAUUGUCGCGUUUUUGUUCAGCAAUUAAAUUUAACAAACGCUAAUGAGCUUGAAAAAAGCAACGACUAUUCCAAUCAAUCGGCGUUAAACGUAACUGAAAAUAAGUUUCAAAAAUAUUUAGAUGUACCAAACGAUACUUUCGAACCUGCUACGAGUAGCUCCAAACUUGAAAAAUUUCGCUAUGUAAUGGUCGUUGAUAACGAUAAUGAAUCGUACUCGCAAUCGCAAAGUGAGCGUGCAUACGCGAGUAACGAAUCUGUUGAUUUAAAUAAUGGCGAUGAAUCAUUUGAUUACGACGAAAAAACUGAAUUCAAAAAUGUAUCAGGGGAAAUGAUAGAAAGUGUAUCAUAUAGUGCCGAUGAUAGCAAGAAUAAUGAGUUCCAUGAGAAUAAUACCACUGAAAUGAAAUGUACUAAAAACAUUUUUGAUGCUAACGAGGAUGUUGAUUUAACUAUUGAUUUCUAGGGUUUCAUAUUAUUAAUCUAUUGAAA